GGGCUCAGUCUUUUCUCGGGCCGAGGAGGAGGCGCGGAGAUGCACCGCACACCAGUCAAGUGUGCGCCGCCUCAGACACCUACCGUUCGCCGCUCCGAGGAGAGUCAUCGUCGCUCGCUGUCCGUCUUUUCUUCACCAAGCCAACCACAGUGUCCAGAGUGCACCAGUGUCCCGGACAAUCAUGAGGAACUGAACACUCGCAAAAACUCAAAUCUCGAUUUUCUGGAUUUUCGAAAAGUGCUCUGUGUUGUUUUUGGGAAACACUGACUGACUGACUGAAGUUGGUCUGACAUACCCACACUGGAUCUGGCUCAGAUGAUGAUGGACGAGUACAAACCAGACCUGCUGCUCGGCCACUCGGGCUACCCCCAGCUGCACCUGCCCCCGGCCCCGGAGGGGCCGCAGACGAUGAGCGGCAACUCGUUCCACGACUUCGCCGCCUCGCCCUCGGCCUACUACAUGCGCUACGCCGACGACCCGAGCGGCCACCUGUUGCAGGGGGUGGUGCGGGGGUCGCCGGCCGCCUCCGAGGAGGCCACCAGCACGUGGAUGCCCGGCUUCGGCACGGCGUCGCCGAGUCGCGGCGACGACCGCCAGCAGCACAUGAUGCAGCCCAUGCAGCAGAUGCCGCUGGGCGGCGGCGGCCCCGCCGGCCCCAAGGGCCAAAUCGGCGCACAGAAGAAGGAGCAGCGCAUCCGGCGGCCCAUGAACGCCUUCAUGGUGUGGGCCAAGGUUGAGAGGAAGAAGCUGGCCGACGAGAACCCGGACCUCCACAACGCAGAUCUCAGCAAAAUGCUUGGCAAAAAGUGGAAGAGCCUCACUCCGCAGGACCGUCGCCCGUACGUUGAAGAGGCCGAGCAUCUGCGCGUCAUCCACAUGCAGGAACACCCAGACUACAAGUACCGACCGCGGCGCCGCAAGCACAACAAGCGCGGCGCCGCAGCCGGCAAUGCAGUCGGAAACGGCGCUGCCACGCCGAACAACCGCGGCCGCUCCGAGUCGACGCGUUCGCCGGGCGGAUCUCUGCUGCACCAGCACUUGUACCAACAACCGCGGGUGGCGGCGUCGCCGGCGGCGCCGACGUCUCCGUUCCGCCACCUCAGCAACUACGCCAGCUCGUCCAGCCCGGCCAGUUAUUACAACUCGUCGCCGAUGCUGCACACUCCGGACUCAUCGCCGACCGGCAGUCCCGAGCCUGGCGCCGACUCGAUGCGGACAAUGCCCAAGAGGACUUCGCCCGAGUCGCGCGAGGUCAGCACACUGCCCACACCCGAGAUGUCGCCCAUGGAGCAGGACAAGGACACGUUCCAGUUCCAGCAGCAGGAGCAGGACAAGUUCAAGGCCUUCAGACAGCAGCAGCAGCGAUUCUUCAACGGUGGCGGCGCCGCCCCGGCGCACCACUUCCAGCUGCCGACCGGCGGCGCCAUCGUGAUGGGCCGCGGCGCCACCAGUCAGCCCUAUCAGGGCCGAACGCACUUUGAAAGUGUCACCAGCACGUUCUACCCGCCGGUGGUGAUUCCUCCCUCCUCGGCGGCCAACAGCGCCGCCACGGCCAGUCCACCCCCGGCAGCCUCGGUGCACUCGAUGUACAACGGCGCCGCCAACGCUUCUUCCUACCUCGGAUACAGCAUGCAUUGCUCGCCCUCGGGCUAUCAGCAGCCUCUGCCAGGAGCCAGGGACGCGUGUCAAGGUUCUUCAAACAUGUCAGAGGACUUAUCGGGCGCCUCCGGCACGUGCCGCUCUAGCUAUGCGGGCGGCCACCACCACCAUCAGUUCCAAGUGUCCGCCUCUGAUGAACUGCUGAUGGACGCGGGCCAGCUGGACACGCACGAAUUCGACCGUUACCUCAACAAGAGCCAGCAACACGACCUGGACUCGAACCACAAUUAUCAGCACCAAAUCCAGCAGCAGCACCACCACCAGGCCAUCCACAUGGGCUACUACCAGCAGCACCAGGCGACGGCCGCGGAGGCGCUGAAAGGUGAGGCCGAGUACGGCGCCGCCGACCUGCCGAUGGAGCAGCAGAUUAAGAGCGAGGACGACUUCAGCCUCAUUUUGGCGGACGUGCGCAAAACCUGCUACAACAGCUCGUAGUGAAAUUUAAUUUAAAUAAAAUGAAAAAAGAUUUGUGAAACAACAGUCUGUGAGAGAGGAGUGCCUUUUGAGAUUUUGAUUCGGAGAUGGACCGAGUUUAAAAUGCUUUAUGAAUGUAGCAGUGUUUGUUGGCUUUGUUUGUAACGUGUAAAUAAGACAUACGCACAAUAAGCCUCGUUUUUGAGGCAGUUAUCAUUUUAUUUGAUCGCUGUUUGAACGACGAACAUUCCUCAAGAGCAGUACUUAAGGACUUUAAACUUGUAGCUUCCUUCGUUGAUUCUGUCUUUUAAUUAAUUUGACUCUCUUGGCCAGAGUGGCCAGGGUUGCCCUUGUGAAAAUAAUUUCCCGCAAGUGCUGCAGAUUUUAAACCUAUUUAAGUAUAGUUUAGUAAAAUUCUAAAUUAGAAAAAAAUAUUUAACCGAAAACUCAGGUUGAACUCCCAGCAGAGUCAUUUAUUUUCCCGUUCAAAUUGGAGCCCAUUUUAUGCCACGCAGCCAAUGACAAUAAAGAGCGGCUGAUUAAUGGUAAUUUAUUCCGGUCAUUAAUAUUCAAAACAUCUCGUCCAAUAUUUAUACAUUUCAUCAACCCCGCGAUUUAUUUAUGCGUGCGCGGCGGCUGGGUGGGAAGUAUAUAAAAGUGCUCAAGCCUUUGUCCUUUGGAAAAUAUAUGAAUUCGCCGCCGCCGUCGCUGUAUUUAAAAAAUCCACGACGCAGGUGUGAUGGAAUUCUACUACCUUUCAUAUCAAGAUUCUAACUUCCAACAAUAAUUAUAAUUCACGGUGUCUUCAUAAAAAUUUUCAUUUAAAUGGAAGAAAAUUAUAAUUUUUAAAUUUUAAACUUUUCGGAAACCAAGCGAACAAUAAACAAUGUGCCUUUGGAGAUUUUGAAACUUUUUAUAUAAAAUAAGAAACGCCGACACGCCAGAGGUAAAUUACUGCUUUGAGCAGUCUGGAGGUCAUGCUUAUUGAUAAUUAGCAUUUUCGCCUCUCGAGGACAAUUGACCUUCCCACUACUCUCCGUCUAGUGCAUCUCUCUUAUGUGUGCCUUACAUUUAUUUUUUUUUCUACAAGCAGCACGCGCUGGUCGUCCUGUGGCGAGAGGCGAAACGGUUCCACGCACAAAAACACACACAAUAAUUACGUGAGAUAAUAACGAUGUAGGAGACGCAAAAAUUUCAUAACUCACCGCUCCUUCUUCCUCCAUGCAGCAUCCACACAAACAACAACUUUUUUUAUAAUCGUCCAACUUCUCUUUUUAUACACCGAGAGCUAGUGCGUUAUUAUGUAAUGUGGUAAUAAUUUUGUACGGCAAAUAUUUCUAGUUGUUAAGGCAGCAGUAUAUAAAUAAUAACGUAAUUUUUUUUUUUACUAUUUCAAUGUUGGCUAUUUUCUAUUGAACUUAUUUUAGUUAUUUUAUCGAUAAUUAUUUUUUUUGUACAGAAAAUUGAAUGUCAAUUUGACGACGAGUAUCUCAUCAUGCAAUGUUGGAAUAUUUUUUUGUGAAAUUAAAAUAAUAAAAACACGAUAACGACAUUACAAGAGAAAAUUUGUAGAUAUUGGAAUUUUUGUCAAUAUGUUAAAAAGCAAUCAAUAAAUUGUUUUAAUCCUAUAUGCAAU